AUGUUUAAACAUAAACGCUUCGGCCAGUCCGGUAACCGAAGCGGUCAGCAGCAGACCGCGAGGUCGCGCUUGAGGAAAACAUUAAAAUAAUAAAACCUGCUUGGUGAUUAAGAAACAAAAAUCUUGUUUUUAUCUGUGCAUUUAAAAAAGGAAUAGAGAUGUUCCUCAAAGCAGCAGCAGUAUGCCUGCUCCUAGCCUCCACAAUGGGUCAACAGCAGCAAGGCGGGGACCUCGAGUCCAUCCUGCACCAGAUCUUCGGGGAGCCCCCCAACGGAUCCACCGUGGGCCCCACUCCGGCGGUGACGACCCCCCCUUCGGUGGUAGGGGAUAGGAUUCCCCCGCAGCCGUCUACGCUUGUGCCCAUCACUACUGGUGACAAUGCCGACACAUCAUGCACCACAGACAAAGGGGAAGUGGGGGAGUGCGUCAAGUACUACCUUUGUGACGUCAACAACAACACCAUUAACACUGAUGGCUUUGGCAUCAUUGAUAUACGUGUCCGGGACGGUCCCUGUGAGUCUUACCUGGACACCUGCUGCCUGCUGCCCGACAAGCGUCCUCCAGAAGACCCCAUCACUCCCAAACCCCCACCGAAAGAGGAACAGGUACGUUCGUUCGUUUCAGCCAAAUGACGUCCACUGCUGGACAAAGGCUUCCCUCAAG